GCCUCGUGUAUUUUUGGACGGAGCAUACAGCAAAAUGGAGCUAGUGAGGACUGAGGAGGUGGUUUGAUAUUUUUGGCGGCUGUGGCUGCAUAUACUAUUACGUUCCAACUUACCAAGUUUUCAUUUUCAGAGUUCAAGUUUCACACUUCAAUGGACCCUCUCUCUCCUAUUGAUCCGAUCUCUACUCUCCUCGCUCCACCUUCAUCUCUCCAAGCUCAGGAGUAUUUCGACGAGCUUAUAUCCAAGAGGCGAAACCCCGGUAUCAAAGUGAAGCAAAAUGAAGCAUUUGGCAAAGGUGUGUAUGCCGAGACUGAAUUCAAAGAAGGGGAGCUUAUAUUAAAGGACCAAAUGGUUGUGGGUGCUCAACAUUCCUCAAAUAAGAUGGAUUGUUUGGUCUGCAGCUUCUGUUUUCGCUUUAUUGGCUCAGUUGAAAUUCAAAUUGGAAGAAAACUUUAUCUGCAACAGUUGGGAGUUUCAGUAAACCACAGUGAAUGUGAUAUGGAGGACAUGUAUUCAGAUGGAGAAGACUAUUCUUAUGAGGAGAAUGGUGAAGAUUCAGGAGCUUGUUCUUCCAGUCACCUCAGAAAAAAAGUUGAACUUCCUAAAGGGGUUGUGGAAUCUCUCAUGAAUGGUGAUUUGAAAUUGCCUUAUUCUGAUAGGUUCCCAUUGCCUCCAACUGUACCUUGUAUUGGGAGUUGUGGGGAAGCUUAUUACUGCAGCAAGUCAUGUGCACAGGCUGACUGGGAAUCAUGUCAUUCCUUGCUUUGCACUGGUGAGAAGUCAGAAUCAGUAUCAAGAGAGGCACUUGUAGAAUUUAUAGAGCAUGCUAAUGAAACAAAUGAUAUAUUCAUCGUUGCUGCAAAGGCAAUUUCUUAUACUAUAUUAAGGUAUAGGAAGUUGAAAGCGACUAGUCUUGAAGAACAAAGGAAAGAUAAAAAUGUUUCAGGCUUCACAGUUCCAGCUGCACUCUCUGAGGCAUGGAAGCCAAUAUCAAUGGGACACAAGAGAAGGUGGUGGGACUGCAUUGCAUUGCCAGUUGAUGUUGAAUCUUCUGGUGAAAAUGCAUUUAGGAUGCAAAUGAGAAACCUCGCCUCCACGUCGCUUGAGCUUCUUAAGGCAGCCAUCUUCGACAAUGAUUGCGAACCUUUAUUCUCUCUUGAAAUUUAUGGGCACAUAGUUGGCAUGUUUGAGUUGAACAAUCUUGAUUUGGUUGUAGCAUCUCCAGUUGAGGAUUAUUUUCUGUACAUCAAUGAUCUUCCAUCUUCCGAAAAGAAGGAAACCGAAGAAAUGACACGACCUAUCUUCGAAGCUCUUGGUGAUGACUAUUCAGUUUCUUGCGAGGGCAGUGCGUUCUUUCCCUUGCAGAGUUGUUUGAAUCACUCAUGUUGUCCAAACGCAAAAGCUUUUAAAAGAGACGAGGACAAAGAUGGCCAAGCAACAAUACUUGCAUUAAAACCUAUCUGCAAGGGAGAAGAGAUUACCAUCUCAUAUGUAGAUGAAGAUCUGACGCUUGAAGAGAGGCAGGCAUCACUUGCAGACUAUGGUUUCAGAUGUACGUGCCCCAAAUGUUUAGCAGAAGAAACUUAAGCUAACAUUCAGUGAUCUACAUUCUUGAUAUCUGCCUAUACAGUACAAAGAGUUAGAUUAUGAAUCCUCAAAAGGGUUCUCUUGGUACUAGUUCAAUUGUUCAAGAGAAGUGGCGAGUUGUAGUACACAAGUUUAGAAUGUUCCCUUCAUAGAAUCAUAAUUGCUUACUUUAUAAUUUUUAUUUAAGUUUUGUUUUGAUCAUUGGUAUUUGGUGAGAAAAUGAGUCAAAUGACUAGCGUAAAAGGCCUAGGUUGAGUGGUUAUGGAAAGAAAUCUUGAACCCUGUAUUUUUAUCACCACCAAUCAAGUUUCCCCUUCAUAAA